CUUUUCCUCCUGCUUAUAAGGAGCUCCUUUCAUGAUAUACCUCCCAUACUGCUCCUUGACUUCGAGUAAUCUUCUUUGAGAGAAACAACCCAUCUUUUCCCUUCCAGCCUUUUUCCAAGUUCCAAUUUAUUCACCCUUUCUUUCAAAUUCAGGCACUGACAUAGUUCUUUUUUUCAGUUGUUGUAAUUAGAUUUUCACGAAUGUCAUCCAAUUCUCUCGCUUCUUCACGUACCUCUAGCUCCUCCUGGACAGCAAAGCAAAACAAAAUGUUUGAGAAGGCUCUGGCUAAAUAUGAUCAGGACACUCCUGACCGCUGGCAUAAUAUUGCUAAGGCUGUGGGUGGAAAGUCAGUUGAGGAAGUCAAGCUGCACUAUGAGCUCCUAGUCAGGGAUCUCAAAGACAUUGAGUCUGGCCGCUACCCUUAUCCAUAUCCAAGUGGGAGCAGCAACUAAAGCGGUCAGUAUAAAA